UAUGAAGACCUGCCUGACCUGUAACAUCUCCUUAUGCGAGUACCAUGUCCGGCAGCACUACAAAGUGGAAGCCCUGCGGAACCACAUGCUCACAGAUGUGUGCGACGAAGUCGAGGGGAAACGCUGCCAGCACUAUAGAAAGUCUCUGGAUUUCCUCUGCAGGACUGAUCAGAUGCAAAUCUGCAGCAUUUGUGCAAAGGGGAAUCACAGAGGCCAUGACAUCAUCUCGCGUCGUACUCCAAGUCAGAUUUCUGGUGGUGAAGAAUGCAAGGUGUCUGAGACAGUGGUGCCCCCUCCUGGUAAGAUACAGUUCCUGUCAGUGAAUCCAAACUCUGUGGUCCUGAGCUGGGGAUCACCGAUGGGACUGGAAGGGCCCAAGAGCUUCAGAGUGAAGUGGAGCUCCGGCACGAAGGUGGAAGGUCGCCAUGUCAUUAAAGACGUUCACAAAAUCGAAAUAAACAAUCUUAAAACUGGACAAAAGUACUCAUUCAGCGUGGCCACGGAAGACGAGGAUGGCAGUUUAAGUGAAUGGGUCACGGCAUCUAAUUUCACAGAGCCAUGUCUCAGGGAGGUGCUGUCAAAGAUCGGACUCGAGGACCAGCAUGAAGACAAGCUCACACUCAGCGCUGUUCUGGAGAUAAAUCAAAAUGAUAUAUCAGAGACUAAACUUGAAACUGCAAAGUCACUUCCCGAGGCCUUUUUGAAGAAACUCAUGAUGUUGAACGCAAAUGCUAGAAGUGUCAAAUGUGUGUCCAGCGAUGCGGACACAGACAAGAGCAACGCCAUCAAUCCGCUGGACCUGAUAACUGCGUUGUUUCUCUGUUCGGACGGCUUUCUUCAGCAGGACAUAGUUGUGAAAAUGGCACUUUGCCAGUUUGCUGUCCCGCUCCUGCUGCCCGACCAUGAAGCAAGAGAAAUCACACUGAAGUUGUGGUCCAUGCGCGAAAUUGUCCGAACCUUCCGGCGUUCCAACCAGACAUCCAGAAAGUUAAGCUGUGAAGAAAGAAUUGUGUUGUCUGAUAUUCCCCUGGUGUCGUUCGUCAGGCUGGGGAGGACGAGCUUGUCCAAGUCUCAGAUGCUGAACCAGCUGCUCAGUAACACUAAGGAGUGCCAUGACACAUUUUAUCAUCGGAACAUGGUGUGUGGUGAUGUGCCCAGGAGGAUUUCAGACGGGCUGGUCGAAAUCAGCUGGUACCUCCCGUGUAGGAGCACGGACAAAUUCACUGAUCCGCUGGCUGUCGCCAACCUCAGAGGAGACAUCAGGGCCUUUGACAAGCAAUUCUCGUUCCUCUGCCAGACAUCUGCAGCUGUUUACAUCUUCUGUGAUGAAUCAGAAGCUGAUUACUUCAACAACCUGGAAGGAAAAGAUGUGAAAGCAAAGGUCAUUUUGAUCAGCAGCGUACAGGGGAAAACAUUUGUGCUCAAAAUGAUGACGAUGAAACCAAGUUUAAAGACAACCAAUGUGAGCCAGAAGAAAAAGACCGUUGCAGAGCUGAUAAGAGCCCUCCAGGAAUCAAUCUCUGAGGUGCUAAAAAACUGCCCAAACAAAGAGUCGAUCGCAAAUCUGGCUGACAGAGCUCGCUGCUGUGGGAUCCUGGUUGAUGAGGAUAGUGAUGAAUGCCAGAGUGCGUUGAGGAAUGAGGUUAAAGUCACCAAAUACAUCACUAGCACCUCCAAAUUCAAAGAAAAACAAAUGCUUUUCCAGGGACACGUCUGGAAAUCGCUUUCGUGGCUGGAAACUGAGUGCUGGAGACUGCGAAAAGUUGGCAACCAGAGCACUGAAGACUACCGCAAGUCUUUGAAAACAAAAGAAAAGGAUCUUAGAAGGGAACAGCAAAGAUUUGAGAUGACAGCUGCAAUGUUAAGCUUCCUUCAUGGGGUGAUCACCUCAGAAGUGCAACGCUACUAUUUCCUCAGAUGGCUGGAAAUCGAUUUGGACAAUCGGACCCGGCACCAGCUGUCAGCUCUGCGCGAUAGUUACAAAGAGCUAGCCGAGAAAUUUCCCCAAGAUACGGAAAAAAUUGCGGAGAUUGACAAGCAAAUAUCCGUUUGCUCUCUACGCCUGGAGCACUUUUUUCGAGAGUGUGGGCAGCUGUAUGAAAGCGCUUAUCACCUGCCAGAGUACAGCCGUCAGAGAAAAACCAUGGAACAACUCCCUGCAUUCUGUGCUCAGAUGCUGCUGGAUGGUUUCCCUCUUGAGCUUGUGGAUGGAGAUGCAGCAAACAUCCCGAUGAAAUGGGUCACCGAGGUGCUCACCGAGCUUCACAACACGAUGCAUUCCGACAGUAAGCUCAAAGUCAUCGCAAUCAUCGGAGCUGAAAACUCAGGAAAAUCGACUCUGCUCCAAAGCAUGUUUGGGGUCAGGUUUGCCGCCAGCAAAGGAACAUGCACCAGAGGGGCGUUCAUCCAGCUGAUCAGUGUCAACAACGACGCCAGGAAGGAACUGGGGUGCGAUUGCAUCAUGAUCAUCGACACCGAGGGACUGAAACCGCAUCAAAUGGUUCAAGAUGAUCACAGCCAUGAGCGUGAUAAGGAAGUAGCGAGCCUCGCUGUGGCACUUAGUGACGCCACAAUCGUCAGCAUUUCCAAGGACAUCUCCAGAGAGAAAGACGUCUUAGAGAUGGUGCUUCAUGCUUUCACAAGUUUGAAGGAUGUGGGCAAGAAGCCACUGUGUCAUUUUGUGCAUACCAACACGUUGGACCUGCCUGCUGUAGAGAGGAAGAAGAGAGGUAAAGAGUUGGUGAAACAGCUCAAUGAAAUGAUCCGGAAGGACACUAGGAUGAAGAAGGCCAAAAUCACUAAGAUCUCUGAUGUGAUGGAGUUCGAGCCAGACACUUGCACCUGGUACAUUCCUCCCAUUUGGCACGGGACUCCACCGAUGGCUCCGGUCAGUGUCGACUACAGUGAGACUGCGCAUGUUUUGAAAAAGAAACUGCUAGGGGACCUCAAAAAGUGCAAGGAAAGAGGUGAUCUGACACAUUUUAUCAGCAAUGUAGAUAGAUUCUGGAAGAGUUUAUGAUGCAAGAAAUUAAUGUGAACGUAGAGAGGGGGAAGCUGAAUAAUUUCAUUGGAGCAGGUUUCAAUUUCAUCAACAAAAUGGAAUCAACUUAAAGUGGCA